CCAGCAUCCAUGUGCCGUCUUCAUAACGAUCAUCCCUUAUAUAAACACCACUACUGCUCCCAUCCUUCAUCACAUUAUAAUUAAUAAGUUCACAUAUUAUAUUCUGAUUAUUAUUACUAUUAUUGUUAUCAUCAUCAUUAUUAUAUUAUUAUUGUUGGUAUUAUUAUAUAUUAUAGUGUUUAAUUAUUCAAAUAAAUACACGAAAUUGAAAAUGAGACAACAUUCCACGAGUUUGUUGCGUCUUGUAUUGGUUUGUUUGGUUUGUAUUUCUUCCCUCGUCAACUCAGAAAGCCCAUAUAGGUUCUACGACUUGGUUGUUGAGUAUGGAACUAUUGCUCCUCUACGCGUCAACCAAACGGGUAUCUUGAUUAACGGCCAGUUCCCUGGACCUGAGAUUAACGUUGUUACUAAUGACAACGUUAUUGUAAAUGUGUUCAAUAAGCUGGACGAGCCUAUACUUCUCACAUGGAACGGAAUUAAACAGAGGAAAAGCUCAUGGACGGAUGGAGUUCUGGGGACAAAUUGCCCAAUUCUCCCAAACACAAAUUGGACAUAUAACUUACAAAUGAAAGACCAGAUUGGGACUUACACAUAUUUCCUCUCUACCCAAUUGCACAAAGCAGCCGGCGGUUUUGGCGCCCUAAACAUCAUUCGUAGAGACGUUAUUCCACUUCCCUACCCGGAACCUUCUGGUAACUUCACUAUGCUUGUCACCGACUGGUGGAACACUGAUCACAAGGUACUACGACGACUACUAGAUACCGGGAAACCUUUCCCAUCCCCUAAUGGACUUCUGCUCAUGAAUGGACUCCCCAACAAUCCUGUUACCUUCACUGGCAUUAAAGGGAGGACUUAUAUGUUUAGAGUUUCAAACGUGGGCAUGCUGAGGUCAAUCAAUUUCAGGAUAGAAAGCCAUAAACUUCAGUUGGUGGAGGUCGAAGGGUCCCACACAGUACAAGACCUGUAUGAUUCAUUUGACAUCCAUGUCGGUCAAUCUGUGGCGUUUCUAGUAACCUUAAACGCAAGUGUUAAGGAUUACUACAUAGUUGCUUCGACCCGUUUCGAGUCGCCCAUUUUCAAUGCAACGGGAGUCCUUCAUUAUGCCGGAUCCACGACUAAAGUCUCCGGACUACUGCCUGGUCCGCCAAUUGGUCAAUAUCCCUGGACAAUGGCCCAAGCAAGGAGUAUCAGGUGGAACUUGACGGCGAACGCUGCGAGGCCAAACCCACAAGGGUCGUUUCAUUAUGGGACAAUUAAUGUAACGAGGACAUUGGUGCUAGCCAAUUCGAAAGAAAUUAUAAAUGGGACAACACGCUAUGCCAUAAAUAAGGUUUCUUACGUCAAUCCAGCCACACCUUUGAAGCUUGCUGACUGGCUAAACAUCUCCGGAGUCUUCACAUUGACGGCGAUCAAAGACCGCCCUCCGGCCAACCGCGCCGCCGCCGUUCAUGGUGUCGGCGUCUUCGGUCUUCAACUUCACGACUUUGCGGAAAUUGUUUUCCAAAAUAACGAGGACACACUCCAAUCAUAUCAUCUUGAUGGCCAAGAUUUUUGGACCGUCGGGUAUGACCUUGGUGUGUGGACGAAGGCAUCAAGAAAUAAUUACAAUCUUGUUGAUGCCACAACUAGAUACACAGUACAGGUGUACCCAAAAUCAUGGACAGCCAUUUGGGUGUCUUUAGACAACAAGGGAAUGUGGAAUUUAAGGUCAGCAGUUUGGUCAAGGAAUUAUCUAGGGCAACAAGUGUACCUUAGAGUGUGGAACAAUGAGCACAGCCUAUUUACUGAAUUUGAUAUGCCACCAAAUACUUUAUUCUGUGGCUUGGCUAAGGCUAGCUAGCUAUAGUUUAAAGGAAUGUAAUGUUACUCAUAGAUCUUCCUAUCAUAUUUAAUUUGAAAAUUGGAUGAUGAUAUGUGUGUGUGGCGAAAGUGUUGCGGAAUAAUGGACACAAUGAAUAAAAACUAGAUUCUCACCCGUGCGAUGCACGGAACAUAAAUUAAAUAACAAUUAUAUUUUAUGA